GGGAGCCAAGAAGAAUUCCUCGUUAGCGAACAGCGCUGGGGCUAGAAGCGACCAAAUAUCCACAUGAUUUUGGAAACAUUUUUACGGACUACUCGUGUGUCCUAAGGGAAUUUAAGUUUUCCCCUCACGCGUUCCCUGGCCGGAUAAGAUCUGUCGUUCAAGUGGCCUUUGAGCUUUGCGUUGUGAUUGGUCCAGAGGAUAAGGGAGAGUGUGUCCUUUCCCACCAAAGAAAUGAGUGUGGGAGAAGGAGGCAGCAACAGCAGUGUGGAACUUGUUCAUCCCUCCUCCCUCUCACGAAACACCAACAGUCUCGGUCCAAGAUGCCCUCUUGCACACGACCCCUGCCCUACUCUUUGGCCCUGAGACUACACUGGGUUCCAUGAACAUGUACAGAGACACAGGGGUGUGUGCCACCCCUCUCUCCCAACCUCUUCCCCCUCCCCAUCUCCGUGUACCCCUCCAUAAUGGCCACUCUUCCCUGGGCGAUCCAGCUCUGCCCCGUGUCUCCGUGCCCAAAAUGGGAGUGCGGGCUCGGAUUGCAGAGUGGCCCCCUCGUAGGGCACUUUCAAGGGAGUCGUUGCUUGAAAAUGGCCAGGGUAGUCAACAUGACCUCAGCAGCCAGGAUGGGCUUACACAUGGGGGUGUGACCAGGUUGCCACAGCGAAGUGUCAGAGAUGAUGACUUCUUUGAGUCAGGAGGUCCGUUGGGGGCUCCAGGCACGCCCCCACGGUUUCGGACUCCGGGUUUUGCUCCAUUACGACAGCGCUCAAACAGUGAGAUUACAUUAAGUGAGCAAGAUGAAACCGAGGUUGAAGGUCGGUUAUUCCGGGAAUAUGGCAGUACCUCUUCCAUCAAUGUACAGGCGGUGUCUGAAGAAAGCUUUUUUGACAUGCUCAGCCAGUUUCAACAGGAGAGACCAGACCAGCGCAGCACAGCUCCUGUCAAGCUUGGAGAGCUUCUCGGUGCUGCGGCUUCUGUAGAUGGACCAACUUCACAUGCUUUCACAUCAACUCCCCGCCCUGGUGACUGCUCAGAAAAUCGUGUACGCAAAAAAAGUGGUGGCAACGAGUCGUCUCUUGGCACCUCUUCCUUAUUCCGAAAACUCCGCAGCUCCAGCCGUGGUGAAACGGAGACUCCACGAGGUGACACAGAUGACAUGCGACUCCCCGAAACAUUGUCUUCCAAACCCUGGCUUUGUGUGCGGAGUUUUGCCCACUAUGAUGCUCAGAGUGUUCUCUUUGACUUGCACGAGGCAGCAGCUCGCCGUAGCUACGCCGCCCAGCGGCGAAACACAGCCACCGGAGCCUCAGCUGCUUCUUCGGCUGCUGUUUCUUUGGCUGUAUCCAGAGCUAUUGCUCUAGGAGGAGUAGAGCCUGCGUUUUCCAGCACUGACGACCUCAGUGUCAGAGACUUAUCAGAAGGAUCAACCCUAGGUCUGGAACACUCAGAUCAGGGCACUUCAGCCAGCGUUAACCCCACCUCACAGCACCAGCUGUUGCUGAGCUGCCCGCACUUCCUCAAUGAGACUGGAAACUAUGGGGAGCGUAAUGUCAGCUUCCUAAGCUCAUGGGCAGAGCGGGGAGAAACUGCAGUGGUGGAGGCCCGGUUGCGUCCACGCUGCAGUAAUGCCAGUGUUUCCAAACUGGAGGUCCCGCCAGAAGUUCAGGCCACAAGGUUAGAGAGACUCCAGCAGCACUGCAUCGAGCAUGUUGAUCUGGGUGCUAGAUACUACAAAGAACACUUCUUUGGGAAAGAGCACUGGAACUACUUUGGUACCGAUGAGAAGUUGGGACCCGUGGCUCUGAGCAUUCGCAGAGAGAAACUGGAUGAUACCAAAGAUUUAAAGGACCAGUACCAGUACCGGAUCAUCUUUCGCACCAGUGAGCUGGUCACAUUGCGAGGAGCGAUUCUGGAGGAUGCGGUUCUUUCCACUGCAAGGCAUGGAACGGUUCGUGGUCUGCCUCUAAAGGAAGUUCUGGAGUAUGUCCUGCCAGAGCUCAGCGUGUCCUGUCUGCGACUGGCUCUCAGCACGCCUAAAGUCACAGAGCAGCUUCUCAAACUGGACGAGCAGGGGCUCAGUCAGAAACACAAAGUGGGCAUCCUACUGUGUCGGGCAGGACAGAGCACAGAGGAGGAGAUGUACAACAACGAAGACGCUUCGCCAGCUUUCACUGCCUUCCUGGAGCUGCUGGGAGAAACUGUCAGUCUGAAGGGUUUCGACAAAUAUGCUGCCCAGCUUGAUACCAAAACGGACUCAACUGGAACACACUCCCUUUAUACCACAUAUCAGGACUACGAGAUCAUGUUUCACGUGUCCACCAUGCUUCCAUACAUGCCCAAUAAUCCUCAACAGCUCCUGAGGAAGAGGCAUAUAGGAAAUGAUAUAGUCACUAUUAUAUUCCAGGAGCCGGGAGCUCUUCCGUUCACUCCACAGAAUAUUCGCUCUCACUUCCAGCACGUGUUUGUCAUUGUCCGUGUGCACAACCCUUGCUCUGACAACACAUGCUACAGUGUGGCAGUGACUCGCAUGAAGGACGUUCCCCCAUUUGGCCCACCUCUCCCUUCAAAUGGUAUGAUGUACCGUGACCCCGCUGCCUUCCGCGCCUUUUUGCUAGCCAAGGUUAUCAACGCUGAGAACGCUGCGCACAAAUCUGAGAAGUUUCACACCAUGGCAACCCGCACACGCCAAGGAUACCUGCGGGACCUGGCAGAGAACUGUGUUUCUACUACACCACUGGACACAGCUGGUAAACUGAACAAUCUCAUCUCCUUGGCCUCCAAACGCAAAGAACGUGUCCGGGCGCGGGAGGGGGCGGAAAUUGGUGCAGCAGGGGCUCUUGUUUGGCGCGUACUUGUGCAGGACUUCAGUGGCGGAGGUGCUGAGCUGCCUUGUGCAUUGGCCAUCUCAAAUGAGUAUGUUGUAUUGGCGGACUGCUCCACCAAAGAGGUGGUGUUUAACUGUUUCUGUGCCGAUGUGAUUGGCUGGACGGCAGAAAGGCUUGCACUGAAGAUUUUCUAUGGCAGAGGAGACCACGUGGCUGUGCGGGUGCCUGAGGGCAGUGCCCAAGAAGUCAGAGAGGUGGUACAGAGACUUAAGGCAUUGACAAUAGGUUGUGAGACUGUUGAUAUGACGUUGAGACGUAAUGGUUUAGGCCAGCUGGGUUUCCAUGUGCGUCUGGAUGGAACGGUGUCUGAGGUAGAGGAAUAUGGUUUCGCCUGGCAGGCUGGACUCCGGCAGGGCAGCCGGUUGGUAGAGAUCUGCAAGGUCGCUGCAGUGACUCUCUCCCAUGAACAGAUGAUUGACCUUCUGCGGACAUCCGUCACCGUGAAAGUGGUUAUCAUACCACCUUAUGAAGAGGGAGGGCCCCGCAGAGGCUGCACGGAGGAGUACGAGAUGAAAAUGAUGGAGCAGAAGGGAGAAGCAGAACAAGUGGCUGCAGGGUAUCGCAGUGGACAACGAACCCCAAUAUGGCGCUGGGACAGCCCCCCUGGUACACACAGCUCCGCCCAGCGCUGGACUCCCAGUGGAGCCCCACCAGCAGUCCCCAGCCGUACACUCAAAUCUCUGGUCCCCAUCCCCUUCAGAGAGCCUCAACAUAUCUCUGCUAAAAGGCCUGUCAGUUAUCCAGAGAACCAUUAUAGUGUGUCUCCCGUUGGUGGGGACAGAGGGUUGGUGUACAGAAACCCUUCGGCUAGUUUCUCCAGUCCAAGCUCUGGGUUCAGCUCAGCCGUACUGGGGGUGCCAGGUCUCAGCGGACCAUUUGUGCGCUAUAAACCCUCUCCAGACAGGUUUGGAUCAGUCCAACGUUCUCUCCAGCCGUUUGACCCACAUGUAACUGUUGAUGUCUCUAGUGGAGAAUCUUCAUCUGGCUUCACUAGCCAAGAGAGUACAAUGGAGCGCAAUAAGUCAGAGCCCAUGUGGCAUGUCCCUGCCUCAUCACGAGGUGUCUCAGUGAGCUCAGCUCAGAGAAGACAGGCCCGACAGGACGUCCAAGGAAAGGACUCUCCAAACCGCCACUCAAAGGGUGAGGCACACUACUCCAGUCACUCUAGCAGUAACACCCUCUCCAGCAAUGCUUCCAGCAGUCACAGUGAUGAGCGCUGGUUUGACGGUGUAGGAGGUGGGGUUUCCGGUGCACUGAGUGACCCCUCAGACCCUGACCCUGACCUAAUGGGCAAAGGAGGGUCCAGUGACAGUGGCAUUGAUGCAUCUCUCUACACACCCAGCCCCAAUACUACAGGAGCCAAGCCCAACCGCAGUCAUGCAGGAACUCCACAUAAACUGCUGCAUAGCUCUGCUACGUACAGCGGCCUGCAAGAGCUGUCAGGAACGGGAGGGAGGAGUGCAGGGGAGGGUCAUCACAGAGAGUCGUCGCCCAUCAUUCCUGCCUUAGCCAGUCAAACCAAGAACUAUCGCACACGCACGUUCCCCCCUCCGGGAUCCGCCAAUGCAGACAGCUUCAAACCAAGGGCCUGCUAUACGCCUCAAGGGUAUAAGACCCCUGCUAUGGCCGAUAAACCCCGGCCUUUCAGAGCUUCAACAGUCACACCCACAUCAGGCUCCACCCAGCUGUCAAGCUCCGCCCCCAAGUCCCUUAGUAAAAGCAAGCAUAGUGCAUGGCAACAGGAGAACAGCACUGCAUCGACCACCAACACUGACAGCAACAGCAGCAAGCAGGUGGAUAUGAAUAGUAAGAACGUGUUUGGACAGCCCAGAUUACGAGCCUCUCUGAGGGACCUGCGCUCUCCACGCAGAUCUCACAAGAGCACCAUUGAGGACGACUUGAAAAAGCUCAUCAUCAUGGACCCUGCAGAGACAUCAUCACGGGAUGCGUCUCCUCAUCGGACCCUGCAACGCACUUUCUCAGAUGAGAGUCUGUGUAGUGGACGGAGAGAUUCUAGUUAUGCAAGCACGCCUCACUUUGAAGGACAGGUCCCACCCAGUGAUCUUCUCUUCACCUGCACACUGCCUAUCCGUCGCCAUGGCCAUAACAACAACCAUGGGGCCCUGAUGCCCAGUAAGAAAGUACCGUUAUCUGCAUCAGAGUUGUCUCUAACUGAGGUGAGGGAUAAGGUGCCACCUCUCAGAAGACUGGACCCUGGACUCAUGCCCCUCCCUGACACUGCCUGUGGCCUGGAGUGGUCCAGCCUUGUCAAUGCAGCCAAAGCUUAUGAAGUGCAAAGAGCUGUUUCUUUAUUCUCAUUGUCUGAGUCUCACGCUGGCGGCAGUGAGUUGAGGCCCGUCAUCAGCCCUGUGCAUUUCCACACACCACAAACUCCCCGCACCACUCCUACUUUCAACAGUGAAGAGCCUACUAAUGACCUGUCUGGGCGUCUGUAUCAUCUGGAAGUCAUGCUGAAACAGCUAAACAAUGAUCUGGAAAAAGAGAAACAAGACAAGGCAGCACUUUUAGCAGAGAUGGCCAAUCUUAGGAACAACAACCAACGUUUGCAAGAGGAAUCUCACUCAGCUAGUGAACAGCUGCGCAAAUUUAGCAAACUCUUAUCCUCUGCCAUACCCGAGAGAAAAUAACUGUCUCGCCCUCUCUUUGUGAACAGAGUGCAUGUUAGACAAAAAGAUGAGAAAAGAUCUUCGCAAACCUGUAUUUUGCCUGAUUUGGUGCAUUUUGUGCCAACCGCUCAUCAAAUUCAUAGUUUCUUAUUGCCCAGUACAGCCACUGUCCUGUUCACCCUCAUCUAAGACAGACGUCAGUGGUGAGCAAUGAAAGUCUGCCAGCUCAAUCUCUCUUACAGCUGACACCACACACAAAACUGUGAGCUUUAUCAAAGUUUGAAGGAGUGAGAGACAGAAUCAUACAGGUCUGCCUGUUGACUUGAGACUGAAAGCCGGUACAGAAGUACAACAUUCUAUUUUAAUAAAACAAACACACAUAAUGAGUCCUACCUUGAAAAAAAGCUCCACAUCAAAAACAGCACUCUGAUUUAAUUCCUUUCAGAACUAUUUUCUCAUUGUAGCUUUAUUUUUGUAAUCAACGAGUCAGAAGACGACUCUUGAGCCAAUAAAACAGAGACACUAGAAAUCUGAGAGUCAGCUCAACAGCCAAAAAAGAAACAUGCAUCAAAGCAGACCUACAAACAUCUACACUUGAGCCAUCUUGUGGGUAAAUUACCUUUCCCAAUAUGCAAUUGGAGCUUUUUAAUGAAAAACAUGGUACUGUCAAUUUUGAGAAGAGGUACAAUGCUCUGGGAUUGACUUGCAGUUAAUAUGCAUCAAGUAUAAAUUACGAGUCACAUACACGCAUGUUCAGGUACAUUAAAGGGUUAGUCUCCCAAAAAUGAAAAUUGCCAUAAUAUACUCACCCUCAUGUUGUUCCAAACCUGUAUGUCUUCUCUCUUUUGUGGAACAGAUGAUAGGCAGAAGUAAAUUUACUGACAGCCUCGUCCACCUUUCACUAUCGUUGUAUGGAAAACAACUCGUAAAUUAUUAUAGCCUUUUCAUUUUUAGGUGAACAUUAAGCCUUUAAAAAUGAAGAAUACACCUGAUUUUGUAAUUUCAUAUUUUUACACACAUUUGAGAGUUAACUUUCAAACUACUGCUCUUAAAUUAAAAAAAGAAAUUGGUAGUCUUUUGCAAGCCGACAUUACUUUCGACAUGUAAUCAUGUGCAGAAUAUGAAAUACAGAUAUCUACAUUUAAAUUUUCACUUGUUAAAAUGCAAAUUCUUGAUAUCAGCAAUAGAAUUACUAGUGUUGUUAUUAGUACUAGUAAUUAAGUUUAGCAAAAACAACUUAAAAUUUUUAUAUAAAUGUGAUGUAAUAUCAGAUAUCUAUAAUGUUAUUUGAACUAUUAUAAAAGCCUUUUUAACAUGUCUUUAAAUACUUUUCAAUGUUUUGAUCUCUGGAAUUAAGAUUGCCACAAGUUAAAACCAAUUAACUGAUAUAAAAUAUUAGCAUUAUUACAAGUUCUAAUUGAAGAUUUAAUGUCAGGAAUGGACAUUUGCACUAGUAACGAUGCAAUUAAUGAUACCAACAUUUUUUCAUCAUCAAUCAUUUUUACUAGUAAGAAGCCCAUAGCUCUAUAUCUGUUUUUUAUUUUAACUUGUAAGAAAUUAAGGAGGGAAUGACAAAUCAUUGUGAAAUUCUACCAGUGAAAAUGCUGUUAUAGAUAUAAAAAAAAUUACAGCUUUUACUAGUUGAAGUUCUAGUAUUUUUUUAUAUCAAUAAUAGACAUUUCUGUGAAUAAUGACGUCAUUUUUACUAGUGCAAACUAAAUACUGAUAACAAGAAUUUGCAUUUUACUAGUAGUAAUUGCAUAGCUGAGAUCAAGAAUGAGCAUUUUAACUAGUACAAAUUGAAUUGCAGAUAUCUGUAAUUCAUACCCUGCAUGAAAUUCAGUGUCCAAAGUGCUUGCAAAAGGUUGGCAUCUCAACCAAUUUGACGUAAGCAUUCACCAAGACUUGCUUCAACUAAUUUUGACUUCACCAAAAAUGGACUUCUUAAGAAUUUUUGCAUUUGUAAACAUGCAGUCCCAUUGGGAUUAUAGCGACUGAAACUCCACUGCAAUAAUGGCUCUGUAGAUCUCCACUCCACCAAUCUCUAGAUUUCAAUUAAGUGUUUGGGGAAAGAAACAUGAAAAGGAGAUUCCCCUCCACUUACAAACCUUGUAGUGGAAAAGACAUGACCAGUGACGGCAACCGCUACUAAAACUGUGAUGUUACACCCAAGUCUUUGAUAAUUUCCUCUGUGCAUGGACAUCAGUCAGUCAUUAAGUGACAUGAUGAGUCAUGUGACAGGAAAUGUCAUUUGCUUUUUAUGUAUCGUUUUGGUAUAGCACUGUGUUGUAAACUUGGGCUGUUCUGUAAAAUUUAGACACUGUAUAUAUGCAAAGCCAACUCUAAGAAAAACUUCUAAUUAGCUGUGUUCCAUACAGACUAUUUUUCUAUUUGUAUUGUUUUUAGUUCAGGUUUAUCAGGUGAAAUGACUGUUGGGCAGUAGAUGGCUGUUUUCAACUUCUAGACAGAGCAUCAAGUUUACAUAGUAAAAGACCUCUUUAUCCUUCACACUGUAGUUAGCUACAUGCUCUGUGAAAUCUUAAAGAGGCCUUAAAGAAGUUUUCUCCCACUUAUUAUAGUGUAUGAGUUUGGGUUACUGGAACAACAAUCAGAAUGAAUCUAAUGUGGUUUAUCAUGUACUCCAUGCUAUACUGUGCAUGUUUGCCUUAAGAGUGGUCAGAGAGUCUAUCUUUGACCGGUGAUGUGACUCAUAUCAACUCUCUCCAUCCCUUUAAACUGAUCCAACUGGAAAAUAUAUCUCCUCCUCUCUCAGGACCCACAAACUGCCCUCUCAAUGACCUGAUGUAUUCCUUUUAAUUCUGAACUAUUUAUUAAUGUCAAUGUAAAAGCACUGCUGCAGUAGGUUAUCUUUUAUUGUAUUAGUUGUUUCUGUCAUUUUGGCUGUAAGUGAAAAUCUUAUGUCUGUUCUCAGACCCACUCAAAAACAACCAUAUACAUGCCUAUGAAAGUAACUAGCAUAGAAAAUGCAAAUAUUAUUAUUGUUUUUUUUAUGCAGCGAGUAAAUAUAAAAACUGUUGGCAUUCAUUGCAGGAUCCCUUAGAGCUGUUUAGUAGUGUAGUUGUACAUAGGGUGAUUUUUAUAAAGCUUUGAACUGCUAAUAGUUAACAUUACUUGUUUCAUCUCAUCAUAAUUUAUGAAAAAAUUAAACACGUUAAAGAUUAUUCAAAUCAAUGUACAAUUCAUGUUGGAAUUUUUCGUUUUACAGCAUCAACCUGGACUUCCACAAUCUGAUCAUGCAUUUCUGCCUAUCAUAUUGUAAUAAGCUCAUUUGUCUCAUUGCUGUGACUACAUGAACUUCACCCACUGUUUUUCUGUCAUUGAAGUGGGAGGUUCUUCAGAUUCCAGUGUCUCACUCAGUUCUGGGUGUCAUUAUUUACACCAUGGAUUGUCUGAUUUCUGUUUGUAUAUUUGAUAGUUGGAUGGUGUUUUUUAUUUUAUUUUUUAUUAUUAAAUUUGUUCUUUUAUUUUAAAAGCUAAAUAUGAGUAAUAUACUUGUGAAAACAUCUAUGUGCAUCUGUGUUGCGCAUUCAAAAAAUCAUAGCAAAUUAUAUAGUCCAACUGUAAUAUCUGAAGGUUUAUUUCGUGUAAUAUUUUGACUAUUUAUUUUUUUUUGUUUUUUUAAUUCAUAAAGACAAUUUCAAGGUGAAAAUACAAGAUUACAGAUUUGGUAAGAUUAUUUGGAGGGUACUGAGUUUUUAUAUAUAUAUAUAUAUAUAUAUAUAUAUAUAUAUAUAUAUAUAUUAGUUUGUCCUUAUUUUGUUUGAUUGAUCUCUUGUACAAAGAUGAUUUUAUGAUUUCUUUUAACCUUAUUGUCAGUCUUAAUUUUUCAGUUUCUAUUAGCAUUAUGCAUGAGACAGUGGCUCCAAUGCCUCGAUUAACUAUCGAUAACUGAUCAAUCUUUGGGUUGGUUUAUCAAUGA